AUGGAAGAACGAGAAAGCCGGGAAGGCGAGCCGAGCCCUCCUCGCUCAGCAGACGGCAGGCACACGCGGGAACAAGGAAAGAGCAACCUGCAUGUAACGUCAUUAGAAGAUGCAGAAUGCCGGAGAGCCAAGGAACGCCUUUCUAAUGGGAACAGUCGAGUGUCCGUUUCCAAGGCUUCCCGAAACAUCCCAAGGAGACACACCCUAGGUGGGCCCCGAAGUUCCAAAGAAAUACUGGGAAUGCAAACAUCUGAGAUGGAUAGGAAGAGAGAAGCUUUCCUGGAACAUCUCAAGCAGAAAUACCCCCAUCAUGCCACAGCAAUCAUGGGCCACCAGGAGAGGCUGAGAGACCAGACAAGAAGCCCCAAACUGUCUCACAGUCCUCAGCCUCCCAGCCUGGGCGACCCGGUGGAGCAUUUAUCCGAGACUUCCGGUGACUCUCUGGAAGCCAUGUCUGAGAGCGAAGCCCCAAGUCCUUUCUCCAGAGGCAGCCGAACCAGAGCGAGCCUUCCGGUGGUGAGAUCGACCAACCAGACGAAAGAAAGAUCUCUGGGGGUUCUCUAUCUCCAGUAUGGAGACGAAACCAAGCAGCUCAGGAUGCCCAACGAGAUCACAAGCGCAGACACGAUCCGGGCUCUCUUCGUAAGUGCCUUCCCUCAGCAGCUCACCAUGAAAAUGCUGGAGUCGCCCAGUGUCGCCAUUUACAUCAAAGAUGAAAGCAGAAACAUCUAUUACGAAUUAAAUGAUGUAAGGAACAUCCAGGACAGAUCGCUCCUCAAAGUGUACAACAAGGAUCCUGCACACGCAUUCAAUCACAUGCCAAAAACUGUGAACGGAGACAUGAGGAUGCAGAGAGAACUUGUUUAUGCAAGAGGAGAUGGCCCUGCGGCCUCUCGACCGGGGUCCGCAGCUCACCCAGCUCAUGCCAUUCCAAACUCUCCGCCCUCCACUCCCGUGCCCCACUCCAUGCCUCCUUCCCCGUCCAGAAUCCCGUACGGAGGCGGCCGCCCCAUGAUGAUCCCGGGCAACGCCACCAUCCCCAGGGACCGACUCUCCAGCCUGCCCGUGUCCAGGUCCAUCUCGCCCAGCCCGAGCGCCAUCCUGGAGAGAAGGGACGUCAAGCCCGAUGAAGACAUGAGCGGCAAGAGCAUCGCCAUGUACCGCAACGAGGGUUUCUACGCAGACCCUUACCUGUACCACGAGGGGCGCAUGAGCAUCGCCUCCUCCCACGGCGGCGGCGCGCACCCGCUGGACGUGCCGGACCACAUCAUCGCCUACCACCGCACCGCCAUCCGCUCGGCCAGCGCCUACUGCAGCCCGGCCCUGCAGGCGGAGAUGCACCUGGAGCAGCAGUCCCUGUACCGACAGAAGUCCAGGAAGUAUCCGGACAGCCACUUACCCACGCUGGGCUCCAAGACGCCGCCCGCCUCUCCGCACCGCGUGGCCGACCUGCGGAUGGUGGACAUGCACGCGCAUCACAACGCGCACGGGCCGCCCCACACUCUGCAGCCCGAGCGGGCCUCGCCCAGCCGCCAGCCCUUCAAAAAGGAGCCGGGCACCCUGGUGUACAUUGAAAAGCCCCGGACCGCGCCAGGGCUCUCCGGCCUCGUGGACCUGGGCCCUCCGCUAGUGGAGAAGCAGAUGUUUGCUUACAGCACCGCUACGAUCCCCAAAGACAGAGAGACCAGCGAGAAGAUGAUGAAAACAUCAGCUACUAAGACCCUCACAGAUAGUGCAGGAACUCCCCAUGUUUCUGGCGGGAAGACACUCGGUGCCCUGGAGUCCCUGGGGCCACCCAGCCAGCCUCUGGCCGCUGGCACCUCGGCCUUGCACCUGAGCCUGCUCGACAUGAAGCGGAAUGUGGCCGAGCUCCGGCUUCAGCUGCAGCAGAUGCGACAGCUCCAGCUGCAGAACCAGGAGCUGCUGAGGGCCAUGAUGAAGAAGGCUGAGCUGGAAAUCAGCGGCAGGGUGAGUGAAAUGAUGAAGAGGCUGGAGGACCCUGUGCAGCGCCAGCGCGUGCUGGUGGAGCAAGAGAGACAGAAGUACCUGCAUGAAGAGGAGAAGAUCGUCAAGAAGUUAUGUGAGCUGGAGGACUUGGUGAAAGACCUGAAGAAGGACUCUGCAUCAGCCAGCCGAAUGGUCACCUUAAAAGACGUGGAAGAUGGGGCGUUCCUCCUGCGACAAGUGGGGGAAGCGGUAGCUGCCCUGAAAGGAGAGUUCCCGACCUUACAGAACAAGAUGCGAGCCAUCCUGCGGGUGGAGGUGGAGGCCGUGCGCUUCCUGAAGGAGGAGCCGCACCGGCUGGACUGCCUCCUGCAGAGAGUGCGGAGCAUGACCGACACCCUGACCCUGCUGCGCAGACAUGUCACCGAUGGGCUCUUGAAAGGGACAGAUGCAGCCGAGGCCGCACAGUACGUGGCCAUGGAGAAGGCCACCGCCGCAGAAGUCCUGGCGACCCAGCCCCUCCACGGCGCAGCAGUCCCUCGAGACGUGAAGUCGGAAGUGGUGCCCUUGACGGUUCACCAUGUACAGAGCUCUCCUGUGGUCACCCAGCCCUCCCAGCUCUCCUCCGCCCCACCCAACCCUGCCCAGCACCCGACCAGCCCUCCAGCUGUCACACAGGAAGUGACCUCCGCUCCCCAGUCAUCACAGGCAACUCAGUCCCCGCAGGCGCCCGUGAAUGGCUCCUCCAUGCAGAACUUGUUCAUUGAGGAAAUCCACAGUGUGAGUGCCAGGAACAGGGCGGUGUCUAUUGAGCAAGCAGAAAGGAAGUGGGAAGAGAAAAGACAAAACCUGGACCACUAUAAUGGGAAAGAGUUUGAGAAGCUCCUGGAAGAAGCUCAGGCCAAUAUCAUGAAGUCAAUUCCAAACCUAGAGAUGCCCCCAAAGCCCAAGGGUGACGUCCCCGGGGACAGGCUGGAGCUCUCCGAAGACUCUCCAAGUUCCGAGCAGGACUUGGACAGGUUGGGGGGCAAGUCCCCACCUCCUCCUCCCCCGCCCCCGAGACGGAGCUAUCUGCCAGGAUCCGGGCUCACCACCACCAGGACUGGCGAAGUGGUCUACCCCAGCAGGAAGGAGAACACCAUCACUAAGGUAAGCAGUGAAGAUGCCGGACCAAGCCUGCAGGCUAGAGCCACAAAGUGCCCAGCAGAGGAGACUGCUUCAUCAUGGACUCCAUCCCCAACACCAGUCACUACCUGCUCCUCAAAGGAUGAGGAAGAGGAAGAAGAAGGAGACAAAAUCAUGGCAGAACUCCAGGCAUUCCAGAAGUGUUCCUUUAUGGAUGUAAAUUCAAACAGUCACGCUGAGCAGUCCCGGGCUGACAGUCACGCUAAAGACACUAGGCCGGGGGCCACAGUCUCACCCAAGGAGAAGAAGAAUUUGGAAUUUUUCCACGAAGACGUACGGAAAUCUGAUGUUGAAUAUGAAAACGGCCCCCAAAUGGAAUCCCAAAAGGUCACCUCGGGGGCUCCUACACCUAGUGACCACCCUAAGUGGGAAAGAGGAGUGGAGAAUAGUAUUUCUCAAGAGCAUCAGAAUAUAAAACUGACAUCAAGAACAUCAGAUAUUCUUGAUGCCUCAAGAACAUCCGAAUAUAAAACUGACAUCUUAAUGAAGGAAAAUUCCAUACCCAAUAAGAGUUUACUUAGAGACAGUAGAAACUAUUCCCAGAAAAAUGUGUCUAAGGUCAGUUCCAAUUUCCCUGGCACCAGUUUGUUAGAAGAUGAAAUAAGCAAAGGGCCUAAAACCUCAGGGCUGCAGGGCCCUCCAUCUGACCCUGAGAACCAGAAGAUGAAUUAUGGGAAGACAAAAGAGAUGGCUCCACGAGAUCAAGAAAAUGCAGAUAGAUGUCACUUCCCCUCACCCACUAGGUCAACUGAAUUGAGUAUUUGUGAUGUCCAAACUCAAGAUCAAGAGGUUCCUGUGACAGAGUUUGGCCAAGUCGUGCUAAGACCCAAGGGGGGUUGGCAUGGGAAUAACGGAAAGCCUAACGAGGACAGAGAAUCAACCCCGAGUUCUCCCACCGAGGAAAGUGGGCCCACGGACAACAUCGCCUUCAUGAUUACCAGGACUGCGGUCCAGGUUCUCUCCAGCGGGGAGGUCCGCGAGAUAGUGAGCAAGAAGGGAGAAGAUGUGCAGACGGUGAACAUUGAUGCCAAAAAAGAGAUGACUUCCCAACAAGAAGGGACUGAAAAUGAAGAGCCAGUUGUGUGCCUAGACAAGAAACCAGUCAUCAUCAUUUUUGACGAACCCAUGGACAUCCGAUCUGCGUAUAAGAGACUUUCAACUAUAUUUGAGGAGUGCGAUGAGGAAUUAGAGAGAAUGAUGACAGAGGAAAAGAUAGAAGAGGAGGAAGAGGAGGAAAAUGGAGACGCUGUGGUCCAGAAUGACACUUCCCUAAAGUUCCAUAAGGCCGUGUCAGGCCCCGGCUCAGGACUGCAGGCCGAGAGCCGGUUGCAGCCACACUCCGUCUCUGGAGAUGCCGGAGUGUCAGGAGGACAGGGAGUGAAUAAGGCCGAGCUGGCCACGAGCGGCGGAGCAGACUCUCCAGGUUCAGAAAGCAAGUGCGAUGGGGCAUACGACCAGUCAGAGAGUCCCAAGAAAAAGUUCAAGUUCAAAUUCCCUAAAAAGCAACUCGCCGCCCUCACGCAGGCAAUCCGCACAGGAACCAAGACGGGGAAGAAGACCUUGCAGGUAGUGGUCUACGAAGAGGAGGAAGAGGACGGCACUCUGAAGCAGCACAAAGAAGCCAAGCGGUUUGAAAUCCCUCAGUCUUCUCCGCCCGAAGACGCCCCCCAACACAGGCUCCGGAGACAAGGGCAGCCCGGGCUGGAGAACAUGUCCUCCCUCUCCAGAACGGACGAGAUUAGGAAUAACACCUACAGGACCCUGGACAGCCUGGAGCAGACCAUCAAGCAGCUGGAAAACACCAUCAGUGAAAUGAGUCCGAAAGCCCUCGCGGAUACCUCAUGUUCUCCCGGCAGAGAUUCUGCUACAAGCUCAUCCCACAUAGCCUGGGAGGCCUCCUCUCCCCGAGCCUUGCUAGUCCUGGAAGAACCUCCCACUGCCCUAGAGCCCCCCUCAUCCAUCCCUUCAGCUUCACGUAAGGCCCCCAGUGGGACCCCGCAGACCAGCAGGAUGCCCAUCCCCAUGAGCUCCAAGAGUAGACCCGGAAGCCUGGACAAGCCCGGCAAGCAGACCAAACUGCAGGAUCCCCGCCAAUACCGUCAGGCUAAUGGAAGUGCUAAGAAAGCUGUUGGGGACUGUAAGCCUGCUUUCCCCUCCUUACCUGCCUCUAAGAUUCCAGCCCUUUCUCCCAGCUCUGGGAAAAGCGGCUCUCUGCCCUCCUCUAGCGGUGACAGCUCUAACCUCCCUAACCCAGCUGCUUCUAAACCACCAGUUACUUCUAACCCUCUCAGCCCCCAAACAGGACGAUCCGCCUCCUCCGCCUCCCUCAUCCCCUCUGUCUCUAAUGGCUCCUUGAAGUUUCAGAGCCCCACUCACACAGGUAAAGGUCACCAUCUUUCAUUCUCACUGCAGACUCCCAAUGGCCGAGCAGCCCCUCCCUCCUGCUCCUCCUCCCCCCCCUCCCCCGCCUCCCCCACUUCACUGAACCAAGGUGCCCGGAGCAUCAGGACCAUCCAUACCCCCAGCCUCACCAGCUACAAGGCACAGAACGGAAGCUCCAGCAAAGCCACCCCGUCCACAGCAAAGGAAACCUCUUAA